GAAUCAAGCCCCGCCUCUCAACGUGACGUCACAGGUUUCCUCCUUUCUGCGGUUUUCACCCGGGCUGGGGCGUCCAGCAUUCUUUGAAAAGGGGCUGCCAGCAGCUCAAGCUGCAUCCGCUUCCCGCCCCAUCCCCCUCGCACCCGGGCCUGCUGGAUCCCCCGUAGGAGUUCCCUGUGCGUGGGAGUUUCCCCCUCCAGAACCCAGUGAACAAACGUUGCAGCCCCGGCUCUUUGACUCACGAGUCCCUACCCUGCCCUGAUGGCCACUGGCAGCCUUGCCCACAGCCCGCUGUACCGGGUCCUGGUCCGGGUGUCUGAGAGCUGCUUUGGAAUGGAGAGGAAGCUACAAAAGUAUUUCCAGAACCCGUGGAGGUCCGGGGGAGGCAAAUGCAGGGUCAAAGUCGGUCCCCGUGAAGGCACUUUCUGGGUAGAGUUUUAUAAAAGACAAGCCAAGGAAGGUGUGAUAGCAAAGAAAGAUCACUCUUUAGUGGUUGGUGAUGGAUCACAUGUGAACCUCUACCUAGAUACAAGUGAUGACCUAGGAGAGAACAUUUUGGAGAUAGGCCAGCUUUCCUCUCAGACUCAGUCACUCCCAGAUGAAGGCUCCUCCAGUUCCUUCACUCCAAAGAUAUUUUUUGAUGUGGAAGCUGACCUAAACUUCAACCUUUCCAAAGAGCAAAGGGAGAAAAUUAUUAACCUUUGCCCAAAUCUCAAAAUAGAGAAAGGCCAUGAUGGAACUGAGACAGUGAUUGGUGAUUACCAAGAUAUUGAAAAAAUGAGUGAAUUCUUAAGUGAGAAGAUGCUGGGAAAUGACCAAAAAGAUGAUUCUCCCCACUCAGCCUCAGCAAGGGAAAUCAAGCACAUUAUGCCAAAUGACUCUGACAAUGCUGUUCCUCAGACGAACCCAAAACGCAAAACAGAAGAGGAAUCAGACCUUAUUUCGGUUCCUUCACAUUUGUAUGAAUAUUUUAAACAUUUCUUUGCUGAAACUCUGGACAGAAUAGAAAGUGAGCAUCACGUACAUAUUAGAAGUAUUGUGUCAUGUCCUAUGGGCAAUGUGUGUUUAGAGUUCGAGCCCUCUAAGUCAGGGGACAGAAAAGCAGCUCAAGAAGCUUUUACCAGAGCAUUUCAGAAGGAAAUACAGAAUGUGACCCGUCAGGAUGUUCAUUUCACUGAUAAUAAACUGGCCCUUAAUGUCCAAAAAAUACUGACUGACAUGUUUAAAAGCCUUCGUAUUAAAGCAGAAGGAAAAGUCUUAAUCCUCUGGGGAAACCCACAGGAUAUCUUAGGAGCUCAACGUUUCAUUGAAUCAAACUUCUCCCGCAAACAACCUCUGGAAAUGAUGCUUUCCCAAAAUACGAUGAAGAAUGAAAUUGAGGUUGAUACUGUUUACUUGCGUCUUCUGUACCAAGAAAUCAGAGAAAUUGAGAAAAAAUAUGACACUGUAAUGGAAGUGGUGAACAAACCCCGAACUCGGAAAACCAUCAUUAUGUUCAAACCAAAACACAAAGACUUAGACCUCUCUGAACUUGCUUAUGAAGAUUUCACUGAUGUCUUUCAGAUGCUCUUACCUCAGAUUGUCAAAGAGGUAGUUACCCUGAAACCAUUACACAAAGAGAAAAAACGGCCUGAAAAGACAUUCUUGGAUGACUUUGAAAUAAAUUACCCCCAUGUAAACUUGGAGUGGUGUGAACAACAACUGACAUUGACUGGUUUGCCCAAAUACCUUGCAGAAGCAGUGAAAUACGUUAAGAGAUAUUUUCAUAUUGAUGGUCAUGCCCAGCAGAGACAAGGGUCAGCUCUUAGAGGGAAUUUGAAUAAAAACCCCAGAUCCUCUUUGGACAAAAAUGGAGCUGUACCUCUCUCCAAAGGAUUGCCUAGCUCUGGGGACUUAGGAAAAGAGGAGAUGGAGGAAGAGGAGGAAGAGUGUAUCAUCUGUCUGGAAAUCAUUCAUCACAAAGAAGUCCUUCCAAAGUGCAAGCAUGAAUUCUGUGGCCCUUGUAUCAGAGAGGCCAUGAAACGUAAGCCAGUGUGCCCUGUGUGCCAGACUUCCUAUCAUAUUGUGAAAGGGAACCAGCCAGAUGGAACAAUGACAACCUCUUACAGAACUUCUUCACUUCCAGGUUAUAAUUCAUGUGGCACUAUUGUGAUUCAGUAUGACAUGAGGGGAGGCAUACAGACAGAAGAUCAUCCCAACCCAGGGAAACGCUAUGAAGGAACAAGACGGGUGGCAUACUUGCCAAAUAAUGAAGAAGGACGGCAGGUUCUGAAUCUCCUCAGAAGAGCUUUUGACCAAAGGUUGAUUUUCACAGUAGGACAGUCUCAGACAUUAGGAGUCAAUGAUGUGAUCACUUGGAAUGAUAUUCACCACAAAACUCUCCAAUAUGGGGGGCCAGAAAACUUUGGUUACCCUGAUCCCAACUAUCUGCAGCGAGUCAAGCUGGAACUGAAGGCAAAAGGUAUUGAGUAAGAGUGCUGACUUCAAGGAUGUCUGCAGAGCUGGGCUUGGAAAAGCUGUAGCUGUGGAAAGGAAUCAAAGUGAUCAUUAAAAUUCGUGUGUGUGUGUAGGCACCAUUUAGAUAAAAGUAAAAGAACUUGAGAAGAACUUAGUUUGUUUAGGGGUGAAUGGGAUGAACUGUGAUCUGCUAACCUGUCUAAUUUCUUGGAGUUUUUUACUUCUUAUUAGACAAACUGAGAGCCUGAUAGGAAUGUAAACAUUGCUAUAGUGACAACCCAAAGCAUAUUUCUCAUUGCUUUCCUGCCUUUCUCCAGUUUUCUGUCACCAGAGAUGCUGGAGUUAAGGAAUCUUCCAUUGUACCACUUGCACAAGGUGAUGACGGACCCUCAGGUCCAUUCACAUUAUUUGUGGUAAGCUGUUUGUGGCCUCAGAACUCACCAGAACUUGCUCUCUUCUAACUGGAAUGGUAGCCAAGAACAUUAAAGAGAUUGGAAGAUAUCUUGAAGAAUAUUAGUCUCCAAAUACAUGAGUUCUUCACUUCAGAAAGAAACUAUCCUUGGGGCUCUGGCAAAUUUAAUGUAAAUUGAGGAGUGGGGAAAGAUAUUUGUCUGUCAAUCAAGUCCAGUGACUUCUAAUCACUUUCAGGAACAAAUAGAAAAACCUCUGUUUAUCAUUCAAUUCCCUUCAUAACCUUGCCCUUCCCUGUACUCCCCCACUAUGUAUUCUGUGAUCCAGUGAUAAUGGCCUCCUUGACAUUCCCUGCACAAGAAACUCCAUUUCUCCAGAUUGUAUAAUUUCACUGGUAUCCACCAUACCUGGAAUUCUUUCCCUCCUCAUUUCCACCUAUUGACUUCCCUGAGUUCUUUCAAGUCCUACCUAAAAUCUCAGCUUCUAAAUGAAGUCCUUCCCAAACCCCGUUAAUACUAGUGCUUUUCCUGUGUGGGUUAUUUCCAAUUUGUCCUGUAUGCAGCUUGUUUGUACAUAGUUGUUUGCAUAUUGUCUUCCCCAUUAGACUAUGAGCUACUUGAGAGCAGAGACUGUCUUUUGCCUUCUUUUGUAUCCCUAGCACUUAGCACAGUGCCUAGAAUAUAAGUAGGCACUUAAUAAAUAUUUGUUGACUGACUGACCAUGUGCAAGCUCACUGAUCUGGGAAUCAGAAUUUCCAGAUUAGUAGGCUGCUGGCAUUGGCUUGUGUUCUGCCCUGGUUCUCUGCAUUUUUUCCUCACCUUUUGGGGCACACCUUCUGGCAAUCGCUCUUUUCGUCUUGUCUUAAUGAGACCACAUUCAUACCCAGAUUUUUUUUUACCUCCAUAAAAUUGUCUACUCAAUUUGCCAUUAUUCAAGGUGUGCCCUCAAAAGUGUAUUUGUGGGGCAACAGAUGAAAUGCCCCUUUAUCUCUGAAUGCAUCUACUUUUUGUAUUUGCUACAAAAGCUAAGCAGAAAUAUUCAUUAGCAGCUGAAAUACUGAAACCUGUUGCAUUGCUUGGAGAAUGAAAGAGAACCUGUGAUAUAGAGAAGUUCCUUUCCCAGUUACAAACAGCUUAUUGGUGAUAAUGUGACACCCUGUUGCUCCAGUGCAGAAGGCUAAGUGUUGUAGCUCAAAUGAUAUCUAGUUGGUUCUUCUCUAAAUAAUUAAAUCGUCAGGAUCUGCUUCUAUGCUUCUGUUAGAGGAGAUGUGAUUUAAUGGCUGUGUCAGAUACUUUUAAUAAAGUCAAAGCUGUGUAAUGAUCAGAAAAAA